AAAAGCUCAGUAGCUGAUAAUUCCGACUCGUUCUACAUUUCCAAUUAGCUCUCAACAUUUUUCCCUUUCUUCUCUGAUCAACUCACCGAGAUCAAGCCCUACAAAUGUGAAAAAAAUGUUGCCAUAAUCAUGAAAAUGAGUUACACAUUAAUUUUCACCAAUCUUCUUCUUGUUCUGCCUCUCCUGCUAGUUUGCUCUGCAACUCUUGCUUUCGGAGUAUCUCAAUUACCAAACGAUGAAGUUCAAGCCUUAAAGGACAUAGCAAAGACUCUGGGGAAGACGACCUGGAAUUUCAGUGCUGAUCCCUGUGGCCAAGAUUACGGGUGGGCUAAACUGAACCCGAAUGAAGGAUCUGAAGAUGCCGUAACCUGCAAUUGUACCUUAGUUCCCAAUUCCACUGUCUGCCACGUCACUAGCAUAGUUUUGAAAGCUCAGAACUUGCCGGGAAAACUCCCGCCAGAGUUUAGCAGGCUACCCUAUCUCCAAGAAAUUGACCUCACCCGCAACUACCUGAAUGGUACCAUUCCUCCAGACUGGGGUGUCCUGCCACUGGUUGACAUUUCCCUUCUUGGAAACCGUUUGACAGGUUCUAUACCUGUUGAGCUUGCAAACAUUACAACCCUCAAAAGUUUGGUCCUUGAAAUCAAUAGCUUAUCUGGAGUUCUUCCCGUAAAGCUCGGGAAUUUGCCCAACAUAGAAAGAAUGCUUCUUACCUCAAACAACUUUACUGGGGAGUUGCCGGAAACAUUUGCAGGACUGAGUACACUACAGGAUUUUCGGAUCAGUGACAAUUCCUUUUCCGGAAAUAUACCUAAUUUUAUUCAGAACUGGACAGCUCUCAACAAACUUGCAAUUCAGGCUAGUGGCUUGACAGGGCCAAUUCCUUCCGGCAUUUCUCUUUUGAAAAAAUUAACUGACAUGAGAGUUACUGACUUGAAUGGACCUGCAUCAUCAUUUCCUUCACUUCAGAAUUUGGUUAAACUGAGGACACUGAUGUUGCGGAAUUGCAAUAUUACCGGACAGCUACCAGAAUACCUUGGGACUAUAAGGACUUUGAAAACUUUAGACCUCAGCUUUAACAAGCUAGCCGGAGAAAUUCCAAGCAGCUUUUCUGGUCUAGCGAAGGCGGAUUACAUGUUCUUGACUGGAAAUAUGCUCACCGGAUCCGUGCCUGAUUUGCAGACAGUACUCACAGCAGACCAAAUUGAUCUUUCAUAUAACAACUUUACUACUAACUCAGGGGCUGUUGAUUGUGAACCACGAGGAGGCUUGAACUUGUUUGCCGGCUCUUCAGGGGGCAAUACUUCAUCUGUUUCAUGUCUGAACAUCACAAAAUGUCCAAAAACUUGGUACUCUCUCCACAUAAAUUGUGGCGGAGAAGAAGUAAAACUUAGUGAAAACUUCACAAGGCCUACGGUGGCAACGUAUGAAGAAGAUACAGAUAGAUCUGGGCCUUCAUCAUUUUACCAAAGCAGUACGAAUUGGGCAAUAAGCAACACUGGUUACUUCCCUGACGAUGACAGUUCUACAGAUACCUAUUUCUUGACUAAUUCAUCUAGACUCUCCAUAAAAACCAAUCCUCAGCUGUAUUUGAAUGCACGGCUUUCUCCUAUUUCGUUAACUUAUUAUGGGUUUUGUCUGGGAAAUGGAAUUUACACAGUGAACCUCCAUUUUGCCGAGAUAAAGUUUACCAAUGACAAAACAUAUAGCAGCUUGGGAAGGCGUAUAUUUGAUAUUUAUAUCCAGGGUUCACUUGUGCUGAAGGAUUUUAACAUUGCUAGUGACGCAGGAGGGUUUGGUAUCGCCGUUGUGAAAAAGUUCACUGCUAACGUAACUAGUAAUACCUUGGAGAUCCGUCUACUUUGGGCUGGGAAAGGAACCACUAGCAUCCCUCAAAGAGGAACCUAUGGUCCGCUUAUCUCUGCUAUUUCUGUUGAUCCUAACUUUGAACCCCCGCCAGAGGCCUCAACAGGAGGUGAAGGUGGAAUAUCUGUCGGUGUAGUGGUUGGAAUCGUGGCCGGAGGAGUCUUCAUUAUACUACUGGUUUUGGGUAUUCUGUUGUGGAAAGGCUUCAUAGGUCCGGCAAGUACUUUGGAACACAAUAAUCAUGGGGUCCAACAGAACUUAGAGGAUAAUCGACGCUUUACAUACUCGGAGCUUGUAAAAAUUACCAAGAACUUUUCAUCGCCAAUCGGUGCAGGCGGAUUUGGAAAAGUCUAUCAUGGUAUUCUGGAAAAUGAUACUCAAGUUGCUGUUAAGUUACUUAUUUCUGCAUCAGGCUCGAGUGAAUUUCAAAAUGAGAUUAAGCUAUUGAUGAGAGCUAAUCAUCAACAUGUGGUUUCCUUCAAUGGCUACUGCAAUGAUGGAAAGACCAUGGCACUUGUAUUUGAAUAUGUUGCCAAUGGAAAUUUGCUACAACAUUUAACAGUUUCAGAUGUAGCUACUGGAAGCUUUUUGACUUGGAAGGAGAGACUUCAAAUCGCCGUGGAUGCUGCACAAGGAUUGGAUUAUCUACAUAAUGGUUGCAAGCCUCCCAUAAUCCAUAGAGAUAUAAAGACCUCCAAUAUACUGUUAACUGAAACGAUGCAAGCCAAGAUAUGUGAUUUUGGUAUUUCCAAACUUCUUUCAACUGAAACUUCCACUCAUACUAUGACAGAUCACGUCAAAGGAACUCGUGGAUACUUUGAUCCUGAAUAUUAUAACACAGGAAUCCUGAAUAAAAAGAGUGACAUAUACAGCUUUGGGAUUGUGUUGCUAGAGCUAAUCACCGGCAGAGAAGCAAUAAUAAGAGAUGUAGAACCCGAACCAAUUCACAUAUGUCAAUGGGUGAGGCCUAUGUUUAAGAGAACAGAAAUCGAAAAAAUAUUGGAUUCAAGGAUACAGGGAGGGACAUACAACAUUUCCUCUAUUUUGAAAGCGAUAGGAAUCGCCAUGAAAUGUGUAUCCUCAACAGCUAUCGAAAGACCAGAUAUCAAUGUCGUGUAUAUGAAGCUGAAUGAAUGUUUGGAAAUUGAGGUUCCACUUGAAAUAGCAAAUGUUACAGAGGGGAAUGAGAGUGAUGUUUGCAGUACUUGUUCAAGUGUCUCUAUUCACAUGACGCCCCAUAUUGAGUCUGAAAGAUUUCUAAUGGGUAAAUUCCUCCUAUGCUACCUGAUGUAUGAUUACUUACAUAAUUUGGUACAUGAUGUAUGAAAUCAAACAAUUUAGUAACUAAAAUUCUUAUUUGUAAGUCCUUUUUGUAAAAGUGAAACGAGAUUGGUCUCCUCGUAUUAUUACGAACUCCCUUUAUAUAGGGAAAAUAUUACAUGGAAAUGUAGCAAUCAGUUUAAUGACAAUAAAUGCAAAUUGAUCCGUUA